AUGCGCAUCUCGGCCACCGUCUCAGCUUUUGUCCUCGCCCUCCACCUCGGCGGCGCUGCGGCGCUCGUUCCUCGCCAGGAGGCCGGCGCCGACAAUGAGGCCAUCGCUUACGUAGCCAAGAGCUUCAUCAUUGAAUAUGCUCCUGGAUCCAGUGCGCGUCGUCGUCGCCAGAACGUCGCUUCUACCGACGGUAUCACGGUCGUCAAGGAGUUUGCCAGCGAUGUGUUCUCCGGCGCCAGCAUCGAGACUGAGACUUACACGCUCGACACUCUGGUUGAACUCCCUGACAUCCUGAACGUCUGGCCUAAUGAGCAGGUCAAGCUUGGACCUGUAGAGCCCCAGGCUGUCGCCGUUGAAGAGGCGCCAGCUUAUACUACGCAUAAUGCCACUGGCGUGACCAAGCUUCAUGCCCAGGGUAUCUUCGGCAAAGGCGUCAAAGUUGGUGUCGUCGACACCGGUAUUUACUAUGACCACCCUGCGCUCGGUGGAGGCUUUGGUCCUGGUUUCAAGGUCGCAGCCGGUUAUGACUUCGUCGGUGACGGUCUGUAUCCACAGAGCGGACCCAAGGCUCCCGAUGAAGAUCCCAAGGAUACUCGUGGCCACGGAACUCACGUUGCUGGUAUCAUCGCCGGCAAGAAUGAUCUCUGGUCUGGCGUUGCCCCCGAAGCAACGCUUCACGCGUACAAGGUCUUCUCCAACGCAGCCUCUACGGAUUCUGCCACUCUGAUUGAAUCUUUCCUCGCUGCCUACGACGACGGGGUUGAUAUCAUCACCGCCAGUAUCGGCGGUACCAACGGAUGGUCUAACAACGCUUGGGCCGAGGUUGCUUCCCGUCUCGUUGAUGAAGGUGUGGUAGUCACUAUCUCUGCCGGCAACAGCGGAUCUGCCGGUCCUUUCUAUGGCAGCUCUGGCUCCUCUGGCAAGAAUGUUGUCGCCGUCGCCUCCAUCGACACUGAGGACUUCCCAGCGAUCCCCUUCGAGGCCACUUUCGGCGACUCCGACACUCGCCGCAUCGGCUACCUCCCAGCUGAGAGCUACUUCCCCAGCACCAUCACCGACUGGCCCAUCGUUGCUCUCAAUACAAACACCGAGGACCCCGCUGACGGCUGCGAGCCCUAUCCUGAGGGAAGCCCUGACUUGACGGGCAAGAUCCCCUUGGUCCGCAGAGGAACAUGCACGUUCCAGACCAAGCAAGAGAACCUGGCCGCUCUUGGUGCCAAGUACAUCCUGAUCUACAACAACGCCUCCCCCAUGACUACACCUGGCACUAGCAACACCGACUCCGAGAUUGCCCUGAUCAGCGCCGAUUCUGGAGUCUCUAUUAUCGAGGCUAUUAAGGCCGGAACCAACGUCACUGCUGACUUCUCUAACAACCCUGAAGCCCCUGUUGCCCUGGACUACCCUGCCGGUAACCGUCCCAACACCUUCACCAGCUGGGGUCUUCUCUGGGACAACCAGCUGAAGCCCGACGUCGCCGCUCCCGGAGGUAACAUCUUCUCCACCUACCUCGACGGCAGCUACGCUAUUCUUAGCGGUACGUCGAUGGCUUGUCCCUACGUUGCUGGAGUCGCCGCCCUCUACAUCAGCCAACACGGCGGCCGCAGUGUUCAGGGUAAGGGUUUUGCUCGCGCCCUCUCCCGCCGCAUCAUCUCCAGUGGCUAUGCUCUGCCCUGGUCUGACGGUACUGCUACCGACUACGGAUACACUGCUCCUCCGGCCCAGGUCGGCAACGGUAUGAUCGACGCCUGGAAGGUCCUCCACUAUGACACCCAGCUUGAGUUCGAGAAGAUCCAGCUCAACGACACCCGCUACUUCAGCCGUUACCACGACGUUACCGUCACCAACAACGGUGACUCGGAAAUUACCUACAAGUUCUCCGUCCAGCCUAACGCCGGCGUAGAUGCCCUCGCCUGGAUCCCCGCUUCUGGCGGUCUUCCCGGAACCAAGCGCGUCAAGACUUUCGCCCAACUCUCUCCCAAGACAUACACUCCCGACAUCAGCCUGCCCCGUGACUUCACCCUGAAGGCCGGCGAGACCAAGACCGUCUCUGUCAAUUUCAACAACCCGGACAACCUCGGCUGGAACACCACUGGCCUGCCUCUGUACGGAGGCAAGGUCCUUAUCCAGGGCAGCAACGGCGAGCAAGUGUCUGUUCCCUACGCCGGCGUUGGAGCUGAUCUUCGCAACACCCUCGGUGGUGUACACGAGGCAGGAUGGCCCAUCUCCGUCUCCGCGACUGAGGAGAUCGACAUCAGCGAGAAGUCUUCGUACACCUUCGACCUUAGCACCGGCGCUCAGGAUUUCCCCAAGAUCUUCCAGAAGCUCCUCUGGGGAUCCCGCCAGCUCCGUUGGGACAUCUAUGAGGCAGGCUGGACUGAGCGCCAGUGGAGCUACCCUCCCGUCGUCGGACAGAACGGCUACAUCGGAUCCGCAGCUUCCUGGGUUGGCUCUGGCGAGGUUGAGGUCUUCGAUCCGGAGCAGUACGACCCCGAUGAGACUUUCACCUACCCCAUCACUGACAUCUACCGCAACACGGCUGCGAGCUACCACGAGCAUUGGUGGUUUGGCAAGCUGGGCAACGGUACGCAGAUUGCUCCUGGCAACUACACCAUCCGCUUUGCAGCGCUCCGGCCAUUCGGUAACCCCACGCAUGCGGACAACUGGGAUGUCUUCAAGACUCCGCAGAUCCAGGUUCUGGGGCAGUACUAG